AUUGUUGACUGAACUCGAAUCUCCUUCUUGGUGGCCAUUUAGCAGCAAGCUCUGGAAAGCACCGUUGGAAGCCAAGCCAAAGGAAACUGCCACAGUUUCCGAUUCAAAGAACCAGGAAGGAAUCAUAAUUAGAAUUCCAGUUAUUAUCACCCACAGAACAGACUCAAAUGUCAAGCCAGGAAAACUCACGCUCCUCGCUUCUGGCCUGGAAAUCAGUGACUGCAAUUCCCAGGUCAUUCACAGGUUUGAAUCCAAAGAUGUAGAUGAUAUCAGAGUUCAUACACCGUAUGAAAUCAGCGUUCGCCAGAGGUUUAUUGGGAAGCCCGACACCUCCUACCGGCUGUUGUCAGCAAAGAUGCCCGAAGCCAUCCCAAUCCUGGAGAUGCAGUUCAGCAAGAAGAUACAGUUCUUGGAAGAUGCCCUGGGAUUUGCUGGUGCCAGAAAGUCUCCCCAGGUAGACUUGGGCACCUCCAUUUGGCAAGCAG